UGCGUUCCCUGAGAGACGCACACUUGUUUUGCGGAGCUCGGACUUUUCUUUCCACGCGAGAUACUAAUUGCGUUGAUGACUGACGCACAAUUAAUUCCACGAGGGAGCAAGAUAGAAAUCUGACAGAUGAAGAAGUCUCACUAGUAGCGCGCACGGACCUUGACAAGCUGCGUUCAUGGAUUGACCCAGUGACUGCACUUUUUUUUUUUCUUUCAUUUUUUUUCUUCAACUAUCGUGGUCAUUAUAGAUCUAAAAUUAAAACAGAGGAUUAUUAUGGGAUCUUUGGGCCAGUAAUUUGGAGUUGAAAGAGGAUGCUGUUUCCCCACUCUUAAAACACGGAUUAACCUUUGGAAUAAUAUUUGAGAAAAAAAAAAAGAUUUAAAAGACCCCAAUUGGAAACAACAUCUGCGCUCCAACAUGAGGUCCUUCACUGCGUGGAUUUGCGUGUGCAGCUUUCUUCUGCUUUUAGAUGAAACCACGAGCUCCUGGGACGGCUCCUCGGCUCUGUCCGUGCUCUUGGCCGACGGGCACGCCGGGUCCGACGUGGCCGGAACGCCAUCGGAAUGGGUGGACUGCAUCCAGGCGAGCGACAUGUGCAACCAGAACCCGCACUGCAGCUCUCGGUACCGCGUGAUGCGCCAGUGCCUGGUGGGCAAGGAGAAGGAAGCCAUGCUGGACAACAACAGGGAGUGCCAAGCGGCUCUGGAAGUGCUGCUGGUCAGUCCGCUCUUUGAGUGCCGCUGCAAGAGGGGCAUGAAGAAGGAGCUGCAGUGUCUUCAGAACUACUGGACCAUCCACAUGGGACUCACUGAAGACGGAGAUAUGGACGACUCAUCCCCGUAUGAACCUGUCGCACCCGGCAGACACCAGGAUGCAUUCCGCUUGGCCUCCAUCUCCUCAGGAAUGCUCACAGUGGCCCCGAAGGCUUUCCACUGCGCCGACGCCGAGAGAACGUGCAACCCUUGCCUGGACGCGGCGAAAGCCUGCAACCUGAACGGCACCUGCAAGCGGCACCGCUCCGCCUAUAUCGCCACCUGCAGCAAGGAGGACCCCAACAAGGGGGAAAGCUGCAACAAGAAACGCUGCCACAAAGCCCUGCGGCUCUUCCUGGACCGCGUGCCGGCCGAGUUCAGCCACCGCCUGCUCUUCUGCCCCUGCCAGACGGAAGGCUGCGCCGAGCGCCGCCGCCAGACCAUCGUGCCCGACUGCUCCUAUAAAGAGAAGGAGAAACCCAACUGCCUGGAGCUGAGGGCGGUCUGCCGCCAGGACUCUCUCUGCAAGUCCAGGCUUGCUGAUUUCAAUGCAAACUGCCGCAGCAUCCCACCCACAGUGAGCACCUGUCCCAACCAAGACAAUCACCAAGCCUGCCUGGCCUCCUACACAAGGCUCAUUGGAACGGACAUGACACCCAACUAUGUGGACAGCAGCUUCAGUCAGUGGACCAUCUCGCCCUGGUGCACUUGCAAAGGCAGCGGAAACCAGGAAGAGGAGUGCACCAACUUCCUGCAGAGCUUCACUGACAACACUUGCCUGAGAAACGCCAUCCAGGCCUUCGGGUACGGUCUGGAUUACACGGUGAGCAAGAACACGUCUGUCCCCGAACCCUCAGCCACGGUGAAGACUGGGACGGAUCGGUUGGUGGCAAUCACAGAGCCUCACUUUGUGACCGUUGUUAAGUAUCCCGAACAGAGAGACGACGGGCCCGACCAACCUCAGGGCCUGCCAAGGGAUGAGUGCGCCUGCGUGCGUGCCAACGUCUGGGCUCUGCUUCCCGGCCUGGCUUUGGCGCUGCUCCGGGCUCACCAUGCCUUAUAGAAGUGCCAGGAGGGGGAAAAGAGGUCACCCUCCCACAAGCUGAUCCCCAAAAGCAGAAGGUGUUAUUUCUCGGACUGAUAUUAAGGCGGCGGCAUUCGCUGGACAUUCGACAUGAAAAAACAACUUUGAACGAAAGAAUUAAAAAAAAUAAUAAUAAUGGAAUGUUGAAGUUAAAUGCUUGACUUUCAUUUGGUGUCAUCCUACCAUGGACCACAUGGAUGGCUACAAAAGGACCCUGCUAGCAGGAGGGCCAUCUCCCUCCCUCCCUCUCGGUGAAGGAGGGAGCCGUCCGUGAUGAUCAGACUGACAAAGAGAAAACGGUCACCGAGAAGGUUUGGAAGGAAAUCUCGGCCAUCGGCCUGGUUUUUAUCGUCUUUGGCUCAGUGACUUGAGGGGGGGCCCGGGGAUGACGAUUACAGCGUGUUCAUUGUAAACUGUAAUCUGUUAAAGCUACUCAGUGUUCUAAUUGUUCGUAUAGUAUUUGUGAUCAUAAGAACAAACAAACAAAAAAAAAGAAGACAUCAUUUUGAGUGCCCCAGUGCUGCUUGACAAACGUUGUUAAUGGUUCUUUGCUCAUUUGAGAUCUUGCUGUUAACCACCAUGGCAGUACAUAGCACAUAUGAAUAUCUGUCUCUAUGUAUUUAAUGGAAAACAAAAAAAACAGGAAAAUGAACACCUUGCUUUCUUUAUCUCAGCCAAAAUGGUAUCUGCAGUACCGUCAAACUAUGAUGACCGUGUGUUGACUUUGAAAUGGAUUUGUUACUCAUGUAAAAGCCUUCAUUAUCUGCGUUUUAAUGUGUCGAAAGAAGGAAUGAUGACAAAGAAUGUAUACAGGAAUGAGAUUAAAUGAACUAUGUCUGCUUAGAAAGCCCGACGUGUGAGUGAUUUGACGUGUUUGUUGAGACAAUCAACACCGUGGGUGGUGUGGCUGUGGGUAGAAAAAGUCGACACACCCCUGCUCAAUGGCAGGCUUUUGUGAUAUUUGUAAGAAAAAAAAAAAAGCCCAAAUACAUUUAAAAAAUAAAUAAAUUCCACCAUG